AUGAGGUCAUUUUGUCAACAACUGAAACUCAUAGCCAUAUGACGUGAAAUUCGUCUUAAAUCAACGCUAUUUUUGGAACCACCUUUACGUUUACCAAUGUCAAUUCAUUUCUCGUAGCCAGAGUGACUUGAUAUUAAAUUCACAACAUGGAGGACAUUGUGUUCAACGUUAAAUUUGAAGGAGAAAGUCUUGCCCCAGACAUAUUUUGUCUGCCAUCACAAACAAAAUGGAUGGACCUAGAAGCUAUGUUGAAGGCCCAGUAUGACUGUGAACAUGUACAGAUAUUUUACAUCGACCCAGAAGGAGACUAUGUUGCCUUCUGUAGUCAGGAAGAGUUCGAAGAAGCAAUUCGUAUAUCAGACAGCUUUUCAAAUACCUUACACCUCAUAGUGCGUGAUUUGGGCCCUGACAGUGAGCCUGAUAGAAUUGUUCCCACAAUUACGCAAUCAGAAUCCAACAAAACGGACGAGAUAGAUGCUGGCGCCACAGUGAAACCAGCAGAACAAACAGAGGAGUCCAAGGCCGAGAAUGAAGGGGCAAAGGUCGAGGAUGAAGGGGCAAAAGUCGAGGAUGAAGGGGCAAAGGUCAAGGAUGAGGGAUCAAAUGUGGAUGGACAAAUGACUGAAACGAUUAUACAUGUAGACGAUGCUACUGGUGAAACUACGGAAACAACUCGUGUUGAAGUUCCUUUGGAGACUAUUCUGGAAAUGAUGGGAAAGACAGCUUCACAACAACAGGAUGUUGUUGAUGAGACAGGGGAGACAACUCCUCUCCUUCGUAAUGAGGACAAACCACGACCUUCUGAUAAAAAAAUUGAGAAGAAGAUGAAGACAAAGAAGCUAAUGAAGGAGUCUCGUAGAUUAACUCAGAGUGCUGACCGUGGUGCAAAACCAAAGAAGUUGACCCUUGACCUUGAGUCUGGCGAGUCCGAUGAGGUUGCAAUGCCAUAUUCUGUCUUUGUCAAGUUCAUGCAACAGCUGAAGACCGAACUAAGAACAGAAAUAGUUAAGGAUGUCACAAAGAAGACCGUUCGUCAUGUCCUCAAGGGGCUAGAUGGUGCUGUCAUUCAGUCUGUAAAAGGACCCGAGGGGGUUGACCCAGCUGUGACAUCCCAAACAGGCAAACAAGAGGAAACUACUCCUAAAACAGAAAUGCCUUCAAGUCACCCCAUAUAUUACCAUGAAGGAAUCAUUUGUAACUUCUGUGAACGAGUAAUAGUGGGGGCGCGGUACAAGUGCUGUAACUGUGUUGACUACGAUCUUUGUGAAGAGUGUGAGGCUGUUAAUGGAGUACAUGAUACAGAUCAUGUGUUCCUGAAGCUCCGCAAACCAACCCAAAUCCGUCGCCAGUCUCCAUUGUUCAAGACAACAUUUUACCGUCAAAGGGAGGAAACUGCACCUCAAGAACUAAUCACAGAGGCACAGGUCAAUCAGGACUGCAUGACGGAACUUCUUCAGUCCAAGUUUGACAAGAUACAGGAGAAAACUGCCCGUAAACAAGAAAGGCUGAGGAGGAAAGAAGAAAAACUCCUCCACAAACAACGCAGAAAGGAGGAACUUCUCAAACGAAGACUUGAUACCCAGCGUGACGAACCACUGAAGCGUGAAAGACUUGAAGUGCCCCUAAAGAGACACGUGGGCUUCGAUGCAACCUUUCUGUACGAUGUGACUAUACCUGACGAUACUAAAGUCCAGCCAGGAACUAAACUCCUGAAAACCUGGCGUAUGAAGAAUACAGGGAGUCGCACCUGGAAUGAAUGCACUAAGCUCCACCUGGUUUACGGAUCCUUCCCCGCCCUUAACAGACAUCAGGAUAUCGAUAUUGCACCACUGGCCCCCGGAGAUGAAGCGGAUAUCUCUGUUGAACUUAUUGCACCACAGAGACCAGGAAAGUAUCAGAGCCAUUGGAAAAUGGCCCAGUCUGGGAAACAGUUCGGGCACCGUGUGUGGUGCAUGAUCAAUGUGGUACCAAAAGAGGUUCUGGAACCAACAUGUGAUGACCCUCUAAAAUUGGUAUACGACACUGUUCAGAAUGAGGCUGAACCCAAGCAGGAGGUGAUGGAGAAAUCUUGUGAAGAGACUGAACAUUUCACGGACCGAAAGGAAACUGAGGAACUGCUCACUGUCCGGGAAGAGUUUGUCAUUAAGAAGGACAUUGAGCAAAAAGAUGAGUAUGAACAGGUCAAGGACGAAGAAAUCAGAGAGGAAGAGGUCAAGGACACAGAUAACAGAGAUGAAGAUAAGGUCAAACUUGAGCAGGACUUAAGCACAGCUGCUGCAGCAGUCGCUCAACUGAAACUGGAUCAGAGUCAGCAGCCUGUGACCAGUGAAGCAGGACAGGAUCUCAUGUCCUUCGAAAUGCUGAAUCUGUCCAACAGGGGGAGCCACAAGGUAUCCCAUACUGCAACACCCAACAACACGCCCCUUGAUGUAACUCCGCCCAAAUCCCCAGCCCCUGAGCUGGAGGACCUUAAGGCUCUGUCGACUAGUAGCAGUGUGGAGGUGGUCAAUGCUGAGACUGCCGAUAUAGAUACAGAGGACCAUCUCUCUGGACAAUACGUCCGUGACAUCAUGGACAACCUACAUGCUCCUAAACUCGAUGAUGUUGACAUAGAGUCAUUAAAGAGCUACACUGAUGAUGAUGAUGAUGAUGCUGAUUCCUCCAGCCUCAGUGAGGAUGAUGACUUCCUCAUUGUGCCGAUGCCCGCUUGCUUUGAUUUCAGCAAACCUGUCAUCUCGCGCUCCAUCAUCGAUGAUUUGUCAGACGAUGAAGAUGAGGAAGAAGAUGAAGAAGUGGAUGACAACCAUAACACAAUCACAACUAGAGGCUCCUCUGUAGAUGAAAUGCUGACCACAUCUGGAGCUUUACCGACUCAGCCACUUGACCCCAAGCCUGUCGAGGAAAACGUCAACAAAGAGGAGAUACCAGGCUCUGAAUCACCCGAGCAGCCAAUCAUUGCUGCCGGGGUACCACAGGAAGUUGACCCAGAGGAAACUGCUGUUAUGACGGUUUAUUCCUCAGCAGCUGGAGCUGCCGGUGUUUACGAUGAAGCCCCACCAGACACUGGAUCGGGCGUGAGCAGUGGGUCAAUAGAAUCAGAGCAAGGGGAGGUCACACACAUGAAGGAGCCGAUCGGUGAGGAUGUUCAUCCUGCAGAUGGAGGAGUGGCCACGAAUGACAGGUCCGAGAAUGGAGCGACUGGGGAGAAUAGGAUGGACCGCGACUCCAAUGGACUUCCACCAGACAUGUUUGUGAACCAGGUGAUGGCCACGGCAGUGAAGGCUGCCAACAAGGCCGCAUCCAACGCUUACACAACAUGUAAAGAGGUCUUCUACACCUGGCAGGCUCGGGCAUAUCAGAAUGGCACACGUCAGCCAGGACAGAAAUACAAGCUACCACAAACAACCUGGAAACCCAAGGAGGAGAACGAAAAGGUUCCAGACCAGUCAGAAAAAGCUACUAGUCAACAGGGAAACACUUUUGUCCCUCCAAAAUCUACUUGGAAACCAAAAGAAGAACAAUACAAGCCGCCGAAAUCUGACUGGACCCCUCCACAAGAUAAAUGGUCACCGCCGGAGGACAAGUGGACACCAGACAAUAACAAGUCAGAGAACUGUCCAAUGACAAAACUGAUCGAGAUGGGAUUUUGUAAUCGCGAGCGUAACCAGCAGUUACUGGAAAAACACGGCCAGGAUGUUGAGGCAGCUGUACAGGAACUGCUGUCUGAGGCGGACAGUGACUGGAUGGAGAGGCGCCAUUAGGGAGAUAUAGGAGGGGCCAGGGAAGGGGUAGAAAAAGCAAGGCAGGCCGUGGAAUAAAAAAGUUCAAAGAGUGACAAUAAAAGUGAUAGAGGUAGUUUUUGAGAGUGUUUGGGGGGGGGGGGGGGGGGGGGGGGGGGGGGGGGGGGGAACUGAAGAACAUAAGGAAUUGGGUAUUAUUGGAAGCAAAAGGUUAAAAGGGAUAAAUAGCAUGCAAAAAGGCCUUGGACUGUAAAAAAAAAACUAUAAAAAGGACUGGUUUUAAGGGAUGUGGCGAAAUCAGAAGAAAUGAUGUGAUUUCUCAUAUUUGGCUAUAUAUUGUAUGUUAUAGUGGACAUAUGAACAUGUCUCCACUUUCAUGAUUUUUGCUUUAAUUUGUGAUCAACAAACUUGUUAUAUGGAGGAUAUUUUGAGAGAUGAGACCAUGUUUAAGCUGUGUGUAAUAAGCAGUCUGUCGUAACCAGGAUGCAGGUACCGAGCAAUGGAUUUCAGGUUUUGUGUAAAUAACACAUUUUGAUGAUACAAUACAUAAUUAUGUUAUAUCUUGUGAUUGAGUUAAUUAGAAUAAUCAAUACUAAUAUCUGUAAGUUAGAUCACUUUUGUUAUAUUUAAUGCAUAAUUACUUCAGUUUUAUUACCAUAUCUAUUAUGAAUUUACAAUUCUUUAAACUUAUUUCGGACUGUAAAAUUGAAAUUGGUAACAUUUUUUGGGGGGAGGGAGGGGGGAUGUUGACAAAAUGGCAAGCAAACGAAAUUGGACAGUAGAAGUUAUAAUGUAUCAAAAAAAUGUUAAAAUGCCUGCUACCUAUCUUUUGUUCGGUUAUAGAGAGGAUAUCAAAUUGCUGGUCUAGAAAUAAAUGGCUUGAAUAGACAAUAAAAUUGGUGGGACAUGCUACCUUAGCAAUCUUCUUUUUUGCCAGUGACACAUUGACUGGAUUCUGUGUAAAAUGUGAUAUUGAUAUUGUAUUUACAAUUGAUCUUAUAACAACAGUGUAUGUACAGUACAGCCUAUAUACUCCAGUCUUAUACACGUGAUGUCAAUAUUUAUUGUUGGUUUGGAUUUUGUUGCAUAUUUUUGAGAAAUUCCCUUAAAAGGGAAUUUUUUUUUUUUUUUUUUCCAUAGGGAUUGACUUUACAGAUUAACAUGAACAUUUAAUUAGCCUUCACAUUUAAAUAGUUUUCUCAUGAUUCACAUUUUAAUAUGCUUCACAUUUUGAUAUGCUUCACAUUUAAAUAUGCUUCACAUAAAUAUGCUUCACAUUUAAUAUGCUGCUUUGUGUCCAACUAUAAAGGUAUCUGGAAUUUCAAACAUUAUUGUUAGAUUUAUCAUAGUGUCUGUUUUAUUUUCUUGUCUGUCAAAAUAAUUUUCAUAUAUAUAUUCUGUAAGUUAAUAAAAUAUGUUUUUUUCCAAGAGAAUAGCGAGUUAGUGCUAUUGUAUCGCCAAUGAUAUGGUAACCAUGGAAGUCUGGACUUAGGGUUCAUUUUCUAAUGGUCACAGUAUCUGUUAAAAGUUUGGAAAAGAACUCGACAAUUAAUUACUUAAUAUGUGCUUUUGUUUCACUGUCCACCUUUGGACAUGGAAUCAGCUAUCUGAAAAGAAAUGUUCUUACUUUAAGACAGGACGAGUACCAGUCCUUUUCAAAUGUAUCAAAAUUGUUGACUGAAAAGUAAAUUAUAUAUGAUUAGUGUUGUUCACACAUGUGGAACUGUUUUGUAAUCCUUUUUCCUUUUCGUGUUAAAUUAUUGGUAUCAGUGAUCUUUGUUUUCGUAUAUUUUAUGCGUUAAGACCUUGUAAUGUUUGUUAAUGGAAUUGAAGCAUUCAUGAAAAUUAAACUUGUCAUUGAGAAAGAUUUUUGAGUUUUUGAAAGAUGUUGUUUUGAAGUUUAAGUUGUAUUAAGAGCAGUAAUACAACAAGAUUUUGGACUUUGAAAGAGAAAUUCAAUGUAUGUUAAAGAGAGUAAGGAGUGAAAGGUUGAACAGAGAAGAGUUGGAUUUUAAGAUGUAGGAGAUUUUAGACUUCGGAAGGUAAGGUUUGUGUAUUUUUACAGCAGAAAGUUGAGAGAGUAUUGUAUGGAUGUUGACGGAGGUCUGUGAUAUAAUGUUUUAUGUUUGACUUUGAACCCUGACCUUUGAACCGGAGAGUUAUCUUUCCCUGUGUGGUAAUAUUAUGGUUCGAGGUCAGUCAGUAUAAGUUCUACCAGCAAGACUAGUGCUACAAUUGUACAUAUAUUUUAUUAAUGAGUGUAGGACGAUGAUAGAUAGAAAUCACUUUGUUAUGCAAAAUAAUUGCCGCGUUUGUUUUGAAAUUGUAUAAAGCUUUCUAAAUACUUUUAUGGAAAACUCCAUGUGGGUCUAAAUUAUCCCAUAUAGGAUUAUUUUUCCUUUUGUCCCUUUAUGAUUGUUGAAAACUUACAGAAUUUGAAUUUCAAGAAUCAUAGCAGCGUUACUGCGACAGAUCUAAAUUAAAUAUGGAUUUACAAAAAAAUUAAGAAUAUUUUAAAUUCAGCUUUUUUUUUCUCGUCAAAAUAUUAAAUACUAGUUGUGAGAAAUAAGGAAUCUAGAAAAUGAGUAUAAACAAUUCCUAUGAAUACUAUCAACUGAGUUUGGUAUGAUGGAGAGAUUAUAGUAGCUGUUAGAAGGAUACAUGUCAAUUACCAAUCAGAUGAACUGGCUUAUUUUCAUCCAAUACAUAUAUACCAGAAACUAUGUAUAAUUGUUGAUAUUUAUCUCUCAUUGUGUAAAGAAUUUUGUAAAUAUUGUAGAGAGAAUGUUAUUGUUAGUAUAGAACUUUUAACACAUGCUAAUAGAUUUGUAGAGAUAAUGUGAUGGACUUAACACUGAUGUAAGGAUGGGCGUCCGUGGUGAGUUUUCACCGUGGUGUGUACGUGUGCUCGGUCAGAUUUUGUUGCCCAUAUAUGGUGGUGUUGAAAAAGACAUUGUUGCCCGUAUAUGGUAUCGACAAGAUAUUGUUUACAUAUAUAGUAAAUAAGAGUUUGUUGCCCAUACAAAUAUGGUGUUGUGUGGAAAUUGUAUGGACAAGCUUUUGUUUCUUAUAUAUGAUAAUGUGUUGGAAAGAUUUUUCCAUAUAUUGAAAUUGUGUUGAAGAAUUUGUUAACGAUAUAUAGUAUUGGCAAGAUUUUUGUUGUCUGUGUAUGGUAAUGAUAAGAUUUUUUCCCAUAUAUGGAAAUUGCAUUGAAAAGAUAUUGCUAAACAUACCAGUAUGUGGUGUUAAGAUUUAGUUAGCUGGUGAAAUUUUUUUUGCCAUUAUAUGGAAAUGCCUUGUUAAGAUUUGUUGCCCAUAUAUGGUAAUGUAUUAAGAAGAUUUUGUCCAUAUAUGGUGUUGUGUUAUGUCCACAAUCACUGAGCAGUCAUAGUCUGUGUUUUAUCUGUCUUUCAAUGGAAACUGAACCUAAAUAUGUAUGAAAAUAAAAACAGCAACAUGA